AUGGCGGCUCCGCUUGAAGGGCUGCCCCAGGGGAACCCUGGAACAACAAGAUACACAAUAGGCGCUCCGCGCCAACAAAAUGAGCCCCUGCAGCAGACUUCCUCAAAUGGGACGAGCCAGAACAAUGCGUAUGGGCAGACUCAGGCAAAUGGAAACGCAAAUGAUACUUCAUAUGAUAGCGACACAAGAUAUUCUACCGAAAGCCGCACUGGCAGAAAGAGAUCACGAGGUGGGCGUGGUGGAAGUGAGAGGAGUAGAUCGAGGACGAAUGGCAGUUCUGGCAAGUCGCCUGGCGCUGCGCAGCGUACGUGCAAGAAGUGCGGCGAGCCAUUGACUGGUCAAUUCGUGCGCGCUUUAGGGGGCACAUUUCAUCUCGAUUGUUUCAAGUGCGCCGACUGCGGGCAGAUUGUCGCCUCAAAAUUCUUUCCUGUCGAUGCAGAUGACGGAUCUGGACAAUUCCCACUCUGUGAGACAGACUACUUUCGCCGACUGGACCUCCUCUGUUUUGAAUGCGGCGGUGCUCUUCGAGGUUCCUACAUUACAGCGCUGGACCGCAAGUACCACAUCGAACAUUUUACAUGCUCUGUGUGUCCAACAGUAUUUGGGGCUCAAGACAGCUACUACGAGCAUGAUGGGAAAGUGUAUUGUCAUUUCCACUAUUCCACACAAUUUGCACAGCGAUGCAACGGGUGUCAGACAGCAAUCCUCAAACAGUUUGUCGAGAUCUUCAGAAAUGGACAAAAUCAGCACUGGCACCCUGAAUGCUACAUGAUCCACAAAUUCUGGAACGUGAGGCUUUCUCAGAGCGGAACAGCCCCUGAGAGGAAAGAUAUUAACGCGCCAGUUACCGAAGAUGAGCGCGAACAAGUCAAAGAAGAUGAGGAAAAAAUGGAGGACAAGGUUUAUCGCAUAUGGAGCACUCUGUCCACCUUUGAAGAAUCGUCUGCCUCCUGCAUCUCCGACAUGCUCUUGCACGUCAGCAACGGUGUCUACGUGGAUGGAGUUAUUGUCGCUAGGAAAUUCAUCUGGCACGUUGACAUUCUUUUCGGGGCAAUCGACACACUUUCGAUAUUGGUCACUACUUCUGGUCUCAAAGAAUUGGCAUAUGGAAGAGAAGCAAAGCUGCUCUGCAAAAAGGUGGUGGCAUUCUUUACGCUGCUCUCGAAAACUCAAGAAACUGGCGUGCGAAAGCUUGGAGUUACGCAGGAGCUUUUAUCUUUGGUUACUGGCUUGGCUCACUACCUCAAGCUCCUUAUUCGUAUCGGCCUUCAAGGGGCGCUGAAAUUAGAGAGGGAACGCGGAUCGCCUGAAGGGCUACACGCAUUCUUGGACGAACUUGCAGACCUUGAAACUAUCAAGGAGCAGGAGAUGAAGUCGCUCGACCUAUCGGAAAGCGUGGCAGGGCUUGCAAGUCAAGAAUCAGACUGCUGCUCGGCGUGUAUGGAACCUAUCGACGAUGAAUGUGUCAUGAUCUACGGACGGCGUUGGCAUGCAAAGCCGCCGCACCUCGCCUGCAGUGUAUGUCAGCGCGACCUAACUACCGACCUCCAGUAUGCAGUCUACAGUGAAAAGGAAGAUAAAGUGUACUGUGGAGACCAUUCCCGACGAGUGCACGAUCCAGUGUCAGGAUUUUCGCAUGUCACCAAGCUCCAACAAUAUGUUUUCCUGCUCCGAGUCGCAUUGGCAAGACUCCUAGAGGUCCUCAAGUCUGGCGGCACACUACCACACACUUCUGACGAUCCAAAUUUGACUCCAUACAAUACUAUUGAAGGCCACCGAGUAUCGCCGACCGGAGAGAAACUGGCUGCUCAGCCAAAGAUGGGUUCACGCUCUCGAUCCUAUGCUGGGGCAUCUAGUCAUCAAGAGGAAUCCUCCCUAGAACAGACAGUUGGCGAAAUGAAACGUUUAAGAUCCACCCGAAACGAGCGAACUCUUUCUACGACCUUCCGAAAAGCUCGCGAGUCAAGAGUGCUGUAUGGACCAUCAGGAGCUCGUCCCGGGUCUGAGGGAGGAGAUGAUCCGGAUGGUCGCGGUCGCGGUAACUUCCAGAUUGUUGAAGAACGAGACGUCGAUGGUAGGAUGAGGCCGGAGUUGAGCUUUGGCAACCAAGAUGGCUUGACCCUCGAUGAUAUCCCCAGGAUUGUAGCUGCUGAACAGGCAAAAGAGCAACGACCCAAUGCAUUCCGCCACGCGGGCACGAACCUUAUUGGACACCGAGGCAAUGAGCCGAGACUAGUCAACGGCCAUCAAAGAGGAGCAUCGGCCGGUAAUGACCUCCUAGCAGGUGAGCCUAGCCCGCUGCGGACCAAGGGAUACUUCUCGGAAUUGUCGGCUCUUGAAUACUUCAUCGUUCGACACGUUGCGGUUCUUUCCAUGCAACCACUCUUAGAAGGAGAAUACACCUUGGAAGAUCUGCUUGGCCUGAUUGAGACCAGGAAACAAACAUUCUGGGGCAAGGUCAGUCGUGCCUUGCGCAAUGAUGGCAAGACCAAGAAGAAGGGCAUUUUUGGUAUCCCACUAGAGACUCUUGUUGAGCGGGAAGGUGCAGAGUCGACCAACGGAGUUGGUCCAGGAGCCCUGAGAGUUCCUGCAAUUGUUGAUGAUUGUGUCUCUGCGAUGAAACAGAUGGACAUGUCAGUCGAAGGUGUUUUCCGCAAAAAUGGCAACAUCAAACGGCUGAAGGAAGCUUCCGAAGCAAUCGAUACAAACCAAACGCCAGAUCUCAACCGCGAGAAUCCUGUGCAAGUGGCAGCGUUGUUGAAAAAAUUCUUGAGAGAAAUGCCAGAGCCGUUGUUGACAUUCAAACUCCACAAACUUUGGAUCACUUCUCAGAAGAUUGUUGACGAGGAACGUCGGAGACGAGUCUUACACUUGACAUGUUGCCUGAUGCCCAAAAGUCAUCGCGACACUAUGGAGGUGCUCUUCUCUUUCCUCAAAUGGGCGGCCUCAUUCUCGCAAGUCGACGAAGAGUCUGGGAGUAAGAUGGACAUUCACAACCUGGCUACUGUCAUGGCUCCGAACAUCUUGUACGCAAAGGAGAAAUCGCCCAAUGCUAAACAGCCCCACGUCCCUCAAGUCGAUGAAAGUUUCCUGGCUAUCGAGGCCGUCAAUACAUUGAUCGAGUACAACGACUAUUUUUGCCAGGUACCGGAAGAUUUACAAUCUAUUCUGUCUGACAGUAGCCUUCAUGCUGGCACUGCAGAGAUUACUACCAAGGAGAUAUUGUCUAGAUAUGGUCACAUUGCCAAGGGCCAAGUACAGAGGCAGACAGUUCAACCAGCAGAUGCCCCUAUUCGCAGUCCUGUUUCAGCUUCGAAUUCCAUCGGACCUGUGGCCACACGCGUUGAUGUUGAUCCUUCUCAAGCGACGGCUUGGCAAAAGCAGAGCUCUGUCCGGCCUGUACAGAACACAAGCACGGCGGCAUCUGGCCUUCACAAUGACUUCAACUUCAGCGCUCCAAGCAGCCCUUAUGUCAGAGAUCGAGCUAAUAGUUCCGGAAGUGGCGGGAGCCAUGGAGGCACGCCUUCUGGAAGACAUAGCUUCCAACCCAGACCUGGCCAGAUGGGGAUCGCAGGCUGA